AUGAACAUAAAUGAAACUUCUUUACAAGAACAAGAAACAGAAGAAAUUAUGACAGAUCAUGAUAUGGAUGACAAAACAGAUACUGUCUGCACAGAAAUUCCUAUUGAAAAUAACCUCAACACAACACAAGAACCAAAAAGUAGAUGA